CAGAAGGGGAGGGUGAAAUGGUUCAAAAAGGAAAGGUUGUCUGGGGAAAAUACUUUCAUAUUUUACUGGGAGGAGAAUGAAUGAGCUAACAUUCUCUGCAUUUUAAGCUCUUUUUCCCAGACUAGUAAUGCUUAACACAGGCUGUAUUAGUACCUUUUAUUCUACCAAGAGUUUUAAAAUUGUUUGAAACUAAGAAUGUUCUUUUGAGACUUAGCAGUUACACAAAAUGCCUUCUGUAUUUGCCAACACAACUCCUAUAGAGACAUACUUUGUAUGGCUGAUAAAAACUACAUUAAAACACCACUUUUUUCUUGUAGUUUGCUUGAAAUAGUCUCAUACUAGUGGUUCAAAGUAGUGCAAAAACAAAGUUAUAACAGUUGUUAUAUAAGAUAAGAAAUAUUUAUUGGUAAUUGCUAUAAUUUGAAUGGUUAAAACUCCAAUUAAUAGCACUGUGAGCAGUGGAGUUUCAUCAUGGAGUUUUCUCCUCCUCAAGCACAAACAUGGUUCCCACUGGUGCAAUUUCUAUCUAGGUCUUUUAACAGGGUGAUAUAGUACAGUUUUCUGUUUAUAACACUUGUGCUAGUUUUAUAUAUACAGUAGGAAUAAAAGGAUGGCAUGUAAGGUUCCUUUUUGACUACCUCUAUGGUGGUGUUAUGAAAGACAGAAAUUAUGGAAGUGCCUCAAGAAUCUCAGCUUAUUUAAAGCAAACUGAAGUUGUUCAGUGCCAAGUAACUGUAUGUCCUUCAUCCUGUCAGAACUUAUUUUUAGAUGAGGCAGAGAAGAGAACAGUAUUAUUCUCAUUUUUCUAUUUUUCUUAUAUUCCUGUUUCUUAUGCCAGCUCAGGAAUCAUAGGUAUAUUUACAUAUGAAGUAAAAUGCAUGCUAAGUAGCACCCAAAUGAAACAAUAAUGGCAUUGCCUGCCUCCACCUUUGAAGGUAAGGCAUGAGACAAAUCAGCAUAUGCCUGCAACUCAAAACGCAGCAGAGUUUGUGGUGUCACUGUUAGAAACUGUGCUGAAAUAUUUGAUGUUAACAUAGUGGAAUGUUUUGGAAAGUACCAUGGCUUAUAACUGAAUGGAUUCAGUUUCCCUGCACAGUCCAGCUUCCUUUUGUUUCAUGGGAGUUAGGGCUGGAGUAAAGGAGGACUGAAGACAUUGUUCCAAAUCAUCCCCUACUGUACGUAUUUCACAAGGGCCUAAAAGCAAGCUUAGCUUACUGCUGCUGGAGUGUGUUGAUUCACCUUGUUGCAGACAGAAGGGGAGGACAGGAAUGGCAGAUUACACUUUCCGUGUUCCCCAGAUAUACAGACCAACGUAGCUGGAAGGCACCAGGUUGGAGAAGGCAGUGCCCCAGGGCCAUAAAACAGUGCAACUGUCUAUUACACAGGGAAUAAUUUGUGUUCCUUCCUGGAUCAAAUCUUGCUGUACAAUCUUGCACAUGGACAAGGUUGCCUGGAAAACCUGAUGCGAUGCAAACUUGCUGUUUCCUCAACACAUCAUUUAUGCUGGUGUCCAGGAACAGCACCAGUCCUUCCCUGCUGUAUAUGCUUCUGCAACAGUUGCAUAUAGAUCUGGAUUCCAGGAGUUUCCUGAUGCCAGGAAAGAAUCUCCAUGUGACAAACAAAGCAGCAUCUACUUCUGCCAAGUUUACCUCCUGUUUGUGUGGCUAAGCCUGAAGAUGUAGUGGGGUUUAUAAUUUUGUUCCAGAACACGUGAGUGCCAGUAGUUGUAUUGAGGGGAAGGGAGAGCAGCCCAAAAAGGUUGUCUAUUUUUACUCAUCAGCAUUCUGUUGUCCUGAUUUCUCUGGCAGUAAUGAGGUCAGCACAAACCAGCACGAAAGGAAGAUUGCCUCUGCAAAAACUAAUCCUGCACAUUUGCCUCAUGUACUGUUUUUGAGGAGUCUCAGUCCAAUUCUGCACGUUAUUCUUCCUAAUUUAUUUUAACUCCACAUUUAAGCUAAGGAACUGGUCCUGGAAAAGCUAGGAAUACAUCUCUUCUUCAAAAAUGUCAAAACAGCCAGCUUCAAAUGUCAGAAGUAUUCAGGCUAACAUCCACAUCCCAAUGGGUGCACUUUUGCCUGGGGCAGGCCAGCCUCCGAAGAGAAAGGAAUUUACUGAACCUACUGAGAGUGUUCCUACUCCAGAAGAAGAAGAAAAGAAAAAGACUUUGCCAGGUGCCAAGAAGCUACCAGGCCCAGCUGUUAACCUGUCAGAGAUCCAGAACAUAAAGAGUGAGCUGAAAUAUGUCCCGAGAGCUGACGAAUAACAAAAUGGUCUGCCAAGAGUUAUAUAUGGAGAAGCUAAAUGGAUUAUAAUGAAGAAAUCUAACUGAAAUAGUUUAUAUAUUUAUAUAAUUAUGAGCACCCUCCAUAAAAAUAUAUUUACACAUUUAUAUCAA